UACUGUCGGCGUGUUGUGUUCCGUCCACGUUCUGUCCACCAGCGGCGGUGAUCCCCCGGCCUGGGCGUACGGGGCGGCGACGACGGCCCGCCCACGCCCACCACGCCCGCUCGCACGCCCAAAUCCUCCGUCUUCCCCGAAAAUUCACUGCGGAAAGAAGCAGAUGUUCCGGUCGAGUGGGCGUGGGCGGGGCGAGGGCGGCGGGCAGCGUGAUGCAGGGCGCGGGGCGGGGCGGGCGGCGGCCCCUCCCCCCGGCGAGGGCGGCCGCCUUACUCCCCGCCCGGCGUCUGCUGGGCCCGGCGCGUGCCGCCGCCCGCCGCCCGCCGCCCUCGCCCCCUGCAGGUGGUGCCGCGUGGCCCGGCCGCCAUCACUCACCGCGGCGCUCCAUUACUCCGCCGCCGUCGUCUUCGCCUCCGCCGCCGCCGCCGCCGCCGUGGCCUCACGCCGCCCUCACGCGGCGACACAUCAUUUUCCCAGCAGCCGCCGUUUUUUGUCCCGCGAGGCCAGCCGCCACCCGCAGCCCUUUUUUUUCCCCCUGUGCGGCGGCGGGAAGGCGCCGCGGCGACCGCGGGUGGCGGGCGGCUUGGCGGGCCGGGCGUGGGUGGCGGCGGGCGGCGUGGGCGGGGGUGCCCUUCAACCAAACACGUGCCGCCGUUGGGCGGGCGACGCGGCGCGGGCGGCGGCGUGCGGGCGGGCGUGGGCGCGGCGUGCACUUGUUGCGUGUUUGGGCGUGGGCGGCGGCACACUGCCGGGGGCGCCGCCGGGGAGCCGCCACACGCCGGGGGCCGCCGCCUCCCGCCUCACGCACGCGACAUAAAUCUCCGGCGGGCACUUUCCUCCGAACAUGGAUGGAGAGAGCGAAAGCAACAUCUUGGAAUCUGUACCGCACACACUAUUUCGAUAUUCCCUUUUUUAUAUUUAUUCCUUGCCUCCUUUUCCUCUUCGUAUUGUUUAUCCUGUUUUCCUCGCUUCCUUUCUUCUCCAUGUAUUACUCAUUAUCUUUGCUCCUUGUUCUCUUUCCUUGUCUUUUUUAUCAAUUAUCAGUAUCGUUAUAUUUUUCUUAUUUUUCCUUCCUUCAUUAUUUUUUCUCCUUUUUUUCCUUUCUUCCUGCCUUCCUUCCUUCCUUCAUUCAUUCAUUCAUCUUUGGAAUUUAUAGUGUUUUUUUUUUUAAUCAUCGACUUAAAAAAAUUUCUACUGUAUAUUUUUCUUCCUCCUACGCAUCUUCCUCUUCUUCGUUUCCUCUAUCUUCGUUCUCUUCUUCUUUUUCAUUUUAAUUCAUUCCCUUUCAUACAAACAAUUUCCUCUAUGUUUCCGCUCCAUAACUUUAUAUAUAUCUUUCCCUCUACGCCUAUCUGUCUGUCUAUCUAUCUAUCUCUCUGUCUGUCUGUCUUUCCGUCCAUCUAUAUCACUUUUUCUCUAUUUCCCUCUUUCAAUUACGCGGUGGUUGGUUGCUGUCUAGUUUCGUUUAAAUUGUAUCUAUGUUAUUU